CUGACAGAUAAAGUAAUCAAUCGAAUGAGAGAAGAGCGUCAGGCCCAGAAGAUGGUCCAUCCUCGCUCACAGCAGAAUGGACCUGCUUCCACGCUCUUGACAGAACCUGUGGUCCCUCUGUCCACGCCGGCCCCCACAGUCGAACAUUUGGCCCCCACUUUGGAACCAGCUCCAACCACAGCCCCUCCACCUGCGGUCCUACCAACACCUCCGUCUCCCCCUGUUCAGCCAGUAAAGCUCACUCCACCUCCUCCUGUCACAUUUGUCUCUGCUCCCCCUCCACCUGCAGCCCUACCCACACCUCCCCCUCCACCUGCAGCCCUACCCACACCUCCCCCUCCACCUGCAGCCCUACCCACACCUCCCCCUCCACCGGCAGCCCUACCCACACCUCCCCCUCCACCUGCAGCCCUACCCACACCUCCCCCUCCACCUGCAGCCCUACCCACACCUCCCCCUCCACCUGUGGCCCUACCCACACCUCCCCCUCCACCUGUGGCCCUACCCACACCUCCCCCUCCACCUGUGGCCCUACCCACACCUCCCCCUCCACCUGUGACCCUACCCACACCUCCCCCUCCACCUGCGGCCCUACCCACACCUCCCCCUCCACCUGCGGCCCUACCCACACCUCCCCCUCCACCUAAGGAACCGAUAGUCCUACCUCCAGCUGUUGAAUCUAUUGCUCCACCUCCACCUGUAGAAACUGAAGUGCUUCCUCAAGCGGUAGAACCCAUACGUCCUCUGGUGCCUUUAGAACCUAUAGUGCUACCUUUGGCUGCAUCUCCACCAAUAGAAGAGCCAGUAGCUUUACUCCUAUGUACCCCUACCCCCGAGGAACCUGUAGUUCUGCCGACACUGGCUGAACCUAUUAUCUCACUUGUCCCUAUAGAACCCGUAGUACCACCUAAACCUGUGAAACCUGUGGUUCUAGCUACCCCUCCUCCAGCUGUGGAACCAAUUGUGCUGCCUCCAGUGGUUGAAUCUGUUGUCCUACAUCUCCCUGUAGAACAGGUAGAACCUCCUACCCCUGCCCCUUCACCUGUUGAAGCUAUUGUGCUGCCUCCAGUGGUGGUUGAGGAUGUGGCACCACCUACCCUCGCAGAACCAGUAGUCCUGCCUCCAGUGGUUGAACCCAAGUGCCUAGCUACCCCUCUACACCCAUCUGUGGAAGCUGUAGUGCUGCCUACCCUUGUAGAACCUGUAGUUCUGUCUCCACCUGUUGAACCUACAGUCCUACCUUCAGUAAUUGACACUACAGUCUUGCCUCCAGUGGUUGAACCAGUUGAUCUUCCUACACCUGUUGUGGAACCUGUCACCAAUACGACACCACCUGUUGUUGAAGAGGUUGUCCUACCCACACCUCCACCUGUAGAGCCCCAACAUGUCUCUACUCCUCCCCCCGCUGCAAAACCUGUAGCCCCAGUCCUAGCACCUAUCCCAGAGCCUGUCAUGACCCCACCUGCCCCAGUCCUAGCACCUAUUCCAGAGCCUGUCAUGACCCUACCUGCCCCAGUCCUAGCACCUAUCCCAGAGCCUGUCAUGACCCUACCUGCCCCAGUCCUAGCACCCAUCCCAGAGCCUGUCAUGACCCUACCUGCCCCAGUCCUAGCACCUAUUCCAGAGCCUGUCAUGGAGGAGCUCCCUCCAGCACCUUGUCCAUCCAUGGAGCUGCUGGCCACCCUGUCUACUGCUAGCAAACCAGCUGAUCUCCCUCCCCAUGUAGAAGAGCCCAUGGCUCCCCCUACUCCCCUCCCUUCCCCAGUAGAACCUAUGGUCAGCAUUCCACUACCCCCCCUCAUUGAAGAUGUGGCUGUUCCAAUUGUGGCUCCCGUUGUGAUCCCCACUGUGAUCCCACCGCAACCUCCAGCAGGUGAGUCUGCUUUCUCUCAUCUAAGUUGUAUUGAUUUGUGUUAUUGGUGUGUAAUAAUGUAGUAAUGAUGUAUUCCUUAUUGGCUGCAAUAAUUCAAGCGUAUAUAGUUGUUGUUGACCAUGUGCACCCCAUGCAACAAUGACAUAAAUGGAGACAGAGAUAUACAGUUGAAGUCGGAAGUUUAGAUACACUUUAGCCAAAUACAUUUAAACUCAGUUUUUCACAAUUCCUGACAUUUAAUCCUAGUAAAAAUUCCCUGUCUUAGGUCAGUUAGGAUCACCACUUUAUUUUAAGAAUGUGAAAUGUCAGAAUAAUAGUAGAGAGAAUGAUUUAUUUCAGCUUUUAUUUCAUUCAUCACAUUCCCAGUGGGUCAGAAGUUUACAUACACUCAAUUAGUAUUUGGUAGCAUUGCCUUUAAAUUGUUGGGUCAAACGUUUUGGGUAGCCUUCCACAAGCUUCCCACAAUAAGUUGGGUGAAUUUUGGCCCAUUCCUCCUGACAGAGCUGGUGUAACUGUGACAGGUUUGUAGGCCUCCUUGCUCGCACACGCUUUUUCUGUUCUACCCACCAAUUUUCUAUAGGAUUGAGGUCAGGGCUUUGUGAUGGCCACUCCAAUACCUUUACUUUGUUGUCCUUAAGCCAUUUUGCCACAACUUUGGAAGUAUGCUUGGGGUCAUUGUCCAUUUGGAAGACCCAUUUGCGACCAAGCUUUAACUUCCUGACUGAUGUCUUGAGAUGUUGCUUCAAUAUAUCCACAUAAUUUUCCUUCCUCAUGAUGCAAUCUAUUUUGUGAAGUGCACCAGUCCCUCCUGCAGCAAAGCACCCCCACAGCAUGAUGCUGCCACCCCCGAGCUUCAUGGUUGGGAUGGUGUUCUUCGGCUUGCAAGCAUACCCCUUUUUCCUCCAAACAUAACGAUGGUCAUUAUGGCCAAACAGUUCUAUUUUUGUUUAAUCAGACCAGAGGACAUUUCUCCAAAAAGUAAGAUCUUUGUCCCCUUGUGCAGUUGCAAACCGUAGUCUGGCUUUUUUAUGGCGGUUUUGGAGCAGUGGCUUCUUCCUUGCUGAGCGGCCUUUCAGGUUAUGUCGAUAUAGGACUUGUUUUACUGUGGAUAUAGAUACUUUAGUACCUGUUUCCUUCAGCAUCUUCACAAGGUCCUUUGCUGUUGUUCUGGGAUUGAUUUGCACUUUUCGCACCAAAGUACGUUAAUCUCUAGGAGACAGAACGCGUCUCCUUCCUGAGCGGUAUGACGGCUGCGUGGUCCCAUGGUGGUUAUACUUGCAUACUAUUGUUUGUACAGGUGAACGUGGUACCUUCAGACGUUUGCUCCCAAGGAUGAACCAGACUUGUGGAGGUCUACAAUUGUCUUUUCUGAGGUCUUGACUGAUUGCUUUUGAUUUUCCCAUGAUGUCAAGCAAAGAGGCACUCAGUUUGAAGGUAGGCCUUGAAAUACAUCCACAGGUACACCUCCAAUUGACUCAAAUGAUGUCAAUUAGCCUAUCAGAAGCUUCUAAAGCCAUUACAUCAUUUUCUGGAAUUUUCCAAGCUGUUUAAAGGCACAGUCAACUUAGUGUAUGUAAACUUCUGACCCACUGGAAUUGUGAUACAGUGGAUUAUAAGUGAAAUAAUCUGUCUGUAAACAAUUGUUUGAAAAAUUACUUGUGUCAUGCACAAAGUAGAUGUCCUAACAGACUUGCCAAAACUAUAGUUUGUUAACAAGACAUUUGUGGAGUGGUUGAAAAACAAGUUUUAAUGACUCCAACCUAAGUGCAUUCCGACCUAAGUGCUUCCGACUUCAACUGCAUCAUGAUGCAUAAGUGUGUGCUUUGCUUGACUCAUACACUUCAGAAUUCAAUAUAGACCUUUCAGACAACUCAGAUUAUUUGAUAAGUAGAGCAUUGUUGAUUUUACACAAACCUCUCACAUGAAAUGUGUCCCUCUUUUCUGGUUUAGUGCUAGAUGAAGAAGUGCUGAGGAGGCAGAUCCAAGCUGAGCUAACGAAGGGCCUGCAAGAGGAGAUGAAACUGAAGCAGCAGGAGUUUGAGAAACAGUGAGGAGACCAAUGUAGAUCAUAAAGGACCAGUUUCCCAGACACAGAUUGAGCCUAGUCCUGGACUAAAACACAAGCUCAAUGGAAUAUCUCAUUUGACAAUGCCUUUUAGUAAAAUGCUUAAUCUUGGUCCGGUAAAACGAUCCAGAAUGUUUUCAAAGUGGUCCUAGGAAUAGCCUUUUUAGGGACAUGGGCAGGCCUGAACUUCUGUCUCUCUCUGUCUAUCUAUAGGUUGUAUGAGGUGAAGGCCCAAGCCAGAGCACAGGCACAGGCUAUAGCUCAGGUCCAGAUCCAGGAGGAGGUUAAGAAGAUCCUGGAUCUGGAGAAGGCAGCCCAGGGAGAGAACCUGAUGGCGGCCAUCGCCAAGGAACGCAUGACCACAGAGGAUGAGAGACUCAUGGCCCAGCUCUACGUAAGAUGCAGUGGUGGAUGCAUGCGCGCGUCCGUCUGAAUCUAAGUCUAAGAAAUGCCUGAAAUGCUAACUAAGUACAGUCAGACUGGUAUGUCAACUUAACCAGAACUACCUAGCCAAUUGUCACUAAUUGUGUUCACUAAAAGGUAUUUUCUGUUCUGUUCUUUGAAAUAUUGUAUGAGGUUUGCCUUUUGUAUACUUUCUGUCUGGUCAUGACUAAUGUUAUAGAGUAUUUGCAUUUAUUGAUCAUUCUUUUCAUUCUGUCUAAAAUGCUUGCGAAGGCCUUGCAAGUAAGUGUUUAGCUGUUUCCAUAAAAGGUCUGGCUGAUGUUGGUAAUAUUUUGUGCAUGACUGCUUGUGUUUGGCAUGCUGGAUUGCUCCUAUUCUGUUGGCAUGAGAUCUUGGUGUGUCCUCUUAGGGUGAGCCAGGUGAUUUGCCCCGGGAAACAGGCAAAGGUACCGCUCCUAACCAACUGCCACCACUAAUGAGCUUGGCUGCAACUGGCCCAUACAGCUCACCCAGAUUUGUAGACAGAGCACUGGUCAGUUCAGAACAGAGCUACGUCUUCAAGCCUGACUGCCAGGCUGGCAAGUUGAGUUCAGAACAGAUCCCAAAAGGAUGGUUUGUUGCGUUUGCCUCUGCUAUGAAAGGGGAUGGCAUGACGCUGCAUCUUGGAGGUUUCCCCUUUGACCUGUAAAUAUCAUAUUUCUCACUUCUCUUUCUUCAUCUUCCUUGUUGUUCUGCUACCUUGCUUCAGUGGAUAGAACUUAAGGUAAGAUAAGGGAGUGAUCUUACUUCAUGCAUGCCUUGAAGAUUAUCUAUUAACUUCUUUAACUAAAAAAGCUAGUUCUAUUUGAUUUUCAUUGUCAUCUCGCUCAGGCUGUCAUUUAGUAGGAAAGAAGAAAUUGCUUUUAUGCUCCGUUAUGUAAAGGUCUUCUCUCUGUCCUCCUCAGGCCCACAAACUGGAGGAGAAAGUGUACCAGGUGAAGAAACAAGACACACUCUUCAGGGAACAGGUCUUCAAGCUGGAAGAGAAGGUACAUGACACACACACACACACUCUCUGACAUACAAAUGUCACACACAAGUCACACACAGCCAUAGCCUCUGUUAUUUUAAAAAUGUAACCUUUUAUUUAACUAGGCAAGUCAGUUAAGAACAAAUUGUUAUUUACAAUGACGGCCUACCACCGUUGUCAUUGUUGUUAUUCCUGUCAUAUUGUGUUAUUACUGUACACACUGUAGAAAGGUUUGUAGUCAUAUGAAUAUCCUUAAAAAACGUAGGUUGCUGGACUAAGGAAGAAUACUAGAAAAGAACAGAGGCCCACACACUGAAUAUGCUCCCAAAUGCCACCUUUAUUGAGAAUGUUUCGAUCCAAAAAGGAUCUUCUUCAGGUCAAAAUUACUGUGCACGCUGCAUUGCAUCUUAAUACUGACACACCACCUACAAUGCAUGACCGCUCAGUUGGCACAGUCAUACCGGUGUCCUACAGCUUGUCAACAGUCCAGCAGCUGUUGUGUUGAUGUGCCAUGUGUUGUUCCCCUCGUUAAGAGUGCUCAGUUCUUCAAAGUCACCACAGAGAACUUCAAGAAGGGCAAAGAGGACGUUCACAACACCUUCAAGUGAGUAUCAUCGUUAUUAGGGCUGGGAAUUACCAGGGACCUCACAAUACGAUUGUAUUACUAUACUUAGGUGCCCAUACGAUUUGUAUUGCAAUUCUCACGAUUCUAUUUGUAUUGCAAUUUGAUGUUCCAAACAUUGCUAGGGCUGGCACAAUAACCGUGUAACCGACGGUUAUGGAUGAAGACUGACAUUAAAAUAAAAUAACGGUUAUAACCGAACAAACAGCUGACUGAAGACGGGACGGCCGGGCAUUCGUGCGGUUGAGUCCGUUUCUGCAAUAACAUGGACUCUUAACAAUGUAAUGAAACUGUGUUGCCCCUUGCUGAACCAAGCAAGGUGUUGUAGUAAACGAUGAAUAGAAUGGGCUUGGAAACUCUAACCCUGGCAAUUUGACUGGUAAACUCAUCGGUUCAAUGACUGUCUGGUAUUGUGAUGCAAUAAUUUCCAUGGUAAUGGAGAAUGUUAAUUCAAAUGAUUUUAACUGAUGUGGCUCAUGCAAUGGAAUGUAUUUUUUAAAAUGUCAGUUGAGUUGAAUCAACAAAUCACAGCACAUAUUGAUGGGUACACUUCCUGCUUUUACUUCCUUCUUUGCUCCUAUUGGUACACUCGCAAUGGCCGCCAGUCCACCCAUUAUGCCAUCAUUGACUUGAAUUCGGACACCCGUUCUAUUCAUUAUAUUUAUAUGGCAUCACAUGCAGUCAGGAGUGGAGGAAAGGAGAAAAUGUGCAUCUGUUUAUUUUAUUUUAUAUAAAUUAUUAGAACGGUUCUUACCAUGGUAAUUUGACUGGCCAGUCACAGCCCUACAUAUUGCUCACAAAAGUCUGCAAGAGAGCAUGACGGCAUUAGUUUUGAUCAGUCAUGGAAAUAAAAGUGCUAAAAACAUGUUGGAUUACUAUUUAAAAAGAAGAUGGAGAACAAGCUAUAGGAUGACAAAUACCUGCGUUUUGUCGGAGGUACAGCCGACAGCUGACUACCGCUAGCUAAUGCUACCUAACAAAAAAUAAAAUAAAAAUCAAUACUUGGAGUCAAGUAUCGAUUUAUAAUAUCAUCCAAAAAUCAUAUUGCGAUAUGUAACUAUCUAUUUUUUCCCCCUCAUUGCUAAUCAUUACACUGGGCCAUAGGCUAAUACGGUUUUUCUUACCUUUACUAUUUAACCAGGUAGGUUAUUGAGAACACAUUCUGUUUGACAAAAACAAUCUUUCUGUGAACUGUCUUGACUGGGCUGAAGAUGGUACAGUAGGAUGUGUGUGUCAUCUCUCUCUGUUCCCAGGCGUGUUGACAUCAAGCCAGUGUGCGGUGACCUGCAGAGUCGGAUCCUGAAGUGCUAUAGGGAGAACACUGGACAGACCCUCGCCUGCUCUGGCAUCGCCAACCUAUACAUGCAGUGUGUGGACAACCACAAGGUCUCACACACAUCUUUAUUUCUUUCUCUAACACACACACACACGCAGCUUGUGAGCUGACAUUUUAGUCCUUUCUUCUUCUUUGUUUUUCAGACUAAGCGCACUGGAGGUUAAAAUAGUCCUUUUUCACCAACGGCGUUACUGUUUAACCAUAGGGACAGGAGCCGGACGCCAUCAGCCAUCAAGACACACCAAAGCCAGUUGAACUGUUCUGAGGCCAUGACCACCACAGCUGGAGACACUCCUGCUCCACCAUCCAUCCCUUCCUCCCAUCCAUGGUAUCUGUAUUAACCCCCCGAGAGGGUCAGAGGUAGAAUGAUGAGACCAUGUUGUGACCCAGUAAAGGCUAGAGACUGGUACUGUCUUAGCUGGUACUGAUGUCAAAUGGUGUGAGAGAUUGGGUCCGAAAGUGAAGAAAGCGCACAAUAUGGUUAUUGGGUUACACAAAUGGACAGUGCUACUAGCACUACACUAUGACAGGAAAUGGACAUUGUUACCAUGACUA